CGGCAGUUAGUUGUCAGCCGGUUAUAAUGCAGUCAAUGUGGAUCUACUGGUUGCUGGUGCUUUUCCUGGGCAAAAGCAAAGGAUUGGCAGAUGUCAAAGAACAAACUUACUUGCAGAGUUUCGCACAAGAAUUGGAUUUUCAGAAUCCGUAUACCCAAUGUCCCAUUGAUCCUGGUGCCCAUGGUAUAUAUACCAUACAGGUAGGGAACCAAGAACCCUUCGAAGUUUUCUGCGAUGCCAAGAUCGCGGGUCCUGGCUGGACUGUGAUCGCCCGUCGAACAAACGAAGAGCUCCUCUUCUUCCGUAACUGGAAUGCGUACAAGAGGGGAUUCGGAAACGUCAGAGGCGACUUUUUCAUAGGAUUGGAUAAGCUGCAUGCCAUAACGAAGUCACAGACCCAAGAGCUAUACAUAUACCUGGAAGAUUUUGAGGGAAACACGCGGUUUGCCCAGUACGAUGAGUUCUACAUCGAGAGUGAAAAUGAUUUGUAUCGGAUGUCAAAGUUGGGACACUUUAUAGGAGAUGCGGGUGAUUCUCUGAGUUAUCACAAGAACCAAAAAUUUAGCACAUAUGAUAGGGACAACGAUGCGAGCGCGAAAAGAAACUGUGCAGCGGUAUUCAUGGGGGCCUGGUGGCACAAUGAUUGUCACCACAGUAACCUUUUCGGCAUGUACGUGAAUGGCAGCGUGGACAUGUUCGCGGUUGGAAUGUGCUGGAAUCAUUGGCGCGGGUAUUACUAUUCAUAUAAAGUAAUGCAAAUGAUGAUUCGCCCAAAGUGAUAUUGCUUAAUGAAUAAAUAUUGAUCUUACUCUCCAUAAAUAAAAAAAUAAAUAUUUGACUGCAAGGAAUUUCUAAAAUUCCGGAUGAAGUAUCUGAGUAUAAGCCAAGUUUGUCCUGCCGUUGUGUGUGUCUUCAUUGACACUUAGAUAUCAGAAAGAAAUUAUGCCAGUUUUUUCCAUACAACCUUUUCUUCUAAUAAAAUCGGAUAAAACGGU